AUGUUCUCCAAACUUGUAGUCUUUUACGCUGCUGUAGCAGUCUGCUCUGCUGGAUUUUUACCAGAUGCUGGGCACUACUCCCCAGCUUCAGCUGUUUCUUCCCAAAGCAUCGUUCGCCAUGACCAAGCCAAAGUGUUUGCUCCCAUUGCUAAGCUAGCUGUUGCUGCCCCCGUUGCCUACCACGCUGCUCCUGCUCCCGUUUACUACCACGCUGCCCCAGCCCCAUUCGCCUACCACGCUGCUCCCGUCGCCAAACUUGUUGCUCAACCGGAGGAAAUCGCCUACCCCAAAUACGAGUACUCUUACUCCGUUGCUGACGGACACAGUGGAGACAACAAACAACAGCAGGAGUCCCGCGACGGUGAUGUUGUGAAGGGAUCCUACUCAUUCCAUGAAGCUGACGGCUCCAUCAGGUCUGUUGAAUACAGCGCUGACGACAAGAACGGUUUCAACGCAGUAGUACACAACUCCGCUCCCACCGCCGCGCCCGCCCUCAUCAAGGCUGCCCCACUUGUACUCAAGGCUCCCGUCUACGCUGCCCCUGCAUAUCCUAAAUAUAAGUUCGAAUAUUCUGUGUCUGAUAAAAAAACUGGUGACCACAAACAUCACCAUGAAUUCCGAGAUGGUCACAGAGUGCAAGGAGGCUACAGUCUUAUUGAACCUGAUGGUUCUUUGAGGAGAGUUGAGUAUAAUGCUGACGACUACAAUGGUUUCAAUGCUGUCGUAAGCAGAGGUGUCCAUCGCCAUGGUGAACAUGCAUUCUCUACGUUUGAUCAUACAAGACAUUUUCAUCCUAUUAGAAAUGAAAUGAAAAUACAACACUUCUUCCCAAGUACCACUUAUCUUUUUGAUAAACCACAAAACAACGUUAAUAUUGAAGUAAAACCAGUAAGUGAGAAGAAUCCGAAACAAAAUUUACCGGACAAAAAACCAUUACUUAAGAAAGUUGAGGAGGAAUUAGAAGAUCUAAGUAAAAUGACGACUAUUGAAUCCAUUGAAACUGAGAAUUCAAUUACCACCGCAGCCUCUGUAGUGGAAAUGCCAACAACGGAUUCUGACGAAACAAUUGAAUCUGCUUCCACGGUCAAGAAUGACGAUAUUGAUUCUGCUAAUGAAAUGAUCACAGAGAUGCCGGUUGUUGAAGUUGAAUCCACUUCUAAUGAAAAAACAGCAGUACAAACAGAAAAAUUAGAAGCCCAAGACGAUUCCGAAGCAGCAUCAUCACGUUUUUAUUCAAAGUUCUACUACGUCAUCGUCAUCUGUGCUAUGGCAGCAGCAUGCAAUGCAGGUCUCCUGCAUCAUGCACCAGCAGUAUCUCAUAAUCAUGUUAACCAUGAAGUCCAGGGACAUUACGCUGUCCAUGCAGCUCCCUCAUAUCAUGGGGCCCAGAUUUCUCCAAUCCACACGUCCAUUGUCCACCCAGCACCAGCUGUUCAUGCAGCACCCGUUGCUUAUACAGCCUCCGCACACGCUGCUCCAGCUAGCUAUGCUGCACCUGCUCACUCAGCUCCCGUAUCUCAUUCUGCUCCAGUUGCUCAUGGGUCAUCCAGUGCUCAUGAAGAUGACCACUACGUAGGAGAAUUCAUCGUAGUAGUCAGCUUCCUCGUGGCGGUCUGCAACGCAGGUCUCAUUGAGGAAGGUCAUGGACAUGCCGUGUCAUCCCAAAGCAUCAUUCGUCACGACCAACCAGCUCAUGGCGCUCAAUACGCCCCUAUUGUGGCUCACGCUGCCCCCAUUCUGACCCAUGCUGCUCCCAUUGUCCAACAUGCUGCACCUCUGAUCCACUCAGCUCCCAUCGUCCAGCACCUUGCCCCAGUUGCCCAUGUAGCCCAUGCUGCUCCCAUCGCCAUUGCUCGUGCUGAGCAAGUUGAAGAGCACGCCCCUGCCCACUACGAGUUCUCCUACUCCGUAGAAGACCCUCACACCGGUGACCACAAGUCUCAACACGAGAGCCGCGAAGGUGACGUCGUCAGGGGUGAAUACUCUCUGGUACAGCCCGAUGGUGCCGUCAGAACUGUUGAAUACACCGCUGAUGCUCACAACGGUUUCAACGCUGUUGUACACAACUCAGCCCCUUCUGCACAUGCCGUACCCGCUCAAGUACACGCUGCGCCAGUAGUCCACGCUGCCCCCGUAGUCCACGCUGCCCCAGUAGUUCAUGCUGCCCCAGUAGUACACGCAGUUCACGCUCCAGUCUACCAUGCUGCCCCAGUUCUGGCUCAUCAUUAA